AGGGUGGUCGGUUUAGCGUGAUGAUUGACCUGGAUGUAAUCUGACUAAAGUGAAACCUUUGCGCCAAUGGAUUUUCUGACCAAUAACUUCACCCCCGUGUCUGUGUGUGUGGUGCUCUUCCUGGACAUUGGACUGAACAGUCUCAUGGAUCCCCUUAGCGCGCAGAUCGGGAUUGUGAUCCUCUUGACCUGCCUGCAAGUUUCCUUUCCUCUCUGUACCGUCGUCUUGAUCUUCAUCAUGCUGACAAGAACGAAGUUUAUGCGAUCUGGUCGAUUCGGCGACAUGCUCAGCAGGUUCAGGAACCUGGCUGUCACCUUUCCCCUCUAUGCGGUGUUUCUCAUAGCAUCGAAAGCUUAUCGCAUCGGAGCAUACGCGAGGUUCAUACCGACCAAUCUCUUCUGGACGAUGGAGGCUUUCUAUCCCAUCUACAUACUGGAGAAGAUCUUCUCUAUCUUGUUCUACAGCUUCGUCUAUCAGACGCUCCUGCAACUCGGCGACCCUGACCUGUACAUCUCCAACGCCGCAAGAGAUCAGGACGAGAUCCCCGUCUUCUGUGACGAGCUGACAGCAAAUCAGUUCCGAGGGAUCCCGCAGAUCAUCCGGGAGGAUGUGAGAGUGGAGGAGGUCAACGCUGCUGUCAGAAUCAUCAACGAGUUUGUCAUCGAGAAGUAUCAGAUCCUCGAGAUGAGCCUCAAGGAGAUCCAAGACUUCGAAGUGGGAGAGGAAGUGCUGGAGAUGAAGAAGAAGUGGGACUCUCAACAAACGCUCGAAACUUCCAACGUGAGGAUCCGACUGACAACAACCUUGCACGUUGUCUGA